UUCCAGCAUGGUCCACACCCUGACCCCGGAGCUGCAGCUGGUAUCUGCCCCCAAGGCUACGCUCAUCACUGAGCUUACUAGCUUCCUGCCCGACGUGCGCAAGGAGCAGGCGGAUGCCUUCCUUGCCCGGGUGACGGCCAUGGCCGCAGGAGCCGGCUUUGCGCCGUGCGGGACGCCCGAGGGACAGAACCAGGCCUGGGCCCGCUUCCAGCACCAGGAGGAGGGGCCCGGGGACCCGCUUUGCCCCCUCCUGGCUCCCGAUGUGCCCCCAGAAGAUGGACGCCCCACACACGCGCCCCCUCCUGUCUGCCCGUGGCCCAGCCCUGUGGAUGAGGGUGUUAAUGAGGUUUGACUGGAAAUAAAAUCCCCCCCU